AGAAGUACCGCCGGCCGGACUGGAGGCAGUUCUUGAUCAAUCGUGGCAAAAGAGCAUCAACACUCACGAAAUGAGAUGGAAAGUUACGAAAAAAGGGGUGAAUGAGGCAAAGUUGUAGAUGUGGACUUGAAAUACAUAAUGAUAUCUGAGGUGAGCACAUGAAAUAGUGGCACAUCAACAGUUUACAGUCGCUCGCCUCGCCUCAGAGAUCGCCUACUACACAACCUCCAGAAUGAACUUUUCGUGGCAGUCCAUCUGCCUCACGGCAUUCGGCAUUUUCUCAGCAGCUCGCGCGCUGGAGUUACCGGAAUACGCUGGGUUGAAGACAUCGCUGAACAACAGCAUACUCGAAGUCACUCUUCAUAACUCAAAGUCGCUUCACAACCUCUGGGAUCAAGACACGCAGGAUGGAUUGACUGAUCUCGUCGGAAGGCUCCAGAAAGACAACGAAACCAAGGUUGUCAUCUUCAAGAGCGAUGUUCCCCGAUACUUCAUGGGUCAUCUUGACUUGACAUUGCCCAACCUUCCUGAAGUUGUUCCCGCUUUCAGCAGGCUCAUAUAUAAUAUCUCGCAGCUUCCCCAGGUUACGAUUGGCGCAGUGGAAGGUAGAGCGCGAGGUGCUGGAAACGAGCUUCUCGUUUCACUUGACAUGAGAUUCGCGGUCAAGAACGACACUCUAUUCGGACAGCCAGAAGUUGGCAGUGGUACCAUUCCUGGAGGCGGCGGAUCUCAGUUCCUUCCGGGGUUGAUCGGCCGUGGACUGGCCAUGGAAUACAUCCUUAGCGCUAACGACAUCAACGCCGUAGAUGCGGAGAGAAUUGGCUGGAUCAACAAGGCUUUCGAUUCUUCAGCAGAGAUGUACAAGUACAUCGACGGACUCACCACGCGUUUCGCUUUGUUUCCACAAGGAGGAUUAUCAGCCGGUAAGACUGCGAUCAAUCGUCGUACCACGCCAACGCUCGAAGACCUUCAAGGAGAUGUGAGCUUGUUUCUCGAACGUAUCGAAGAUCCUAUCGUUCAAGAGUUGACGGCCAAAGGAUCAGCUGGAAACGAAACAUCGGCUUUCGAAUUAGAGCUCAACCUUGGAGAAAAUAUCUUGACCCUGUACCAGUAGAGGAGCGGAACGGUGGCCCGAUUUGAGUGGCCCGAGGGUAGUGCAAAAGGAGUAUUUGGUUACAGUGAAUCCCACUGAGCG